AGCUUUCAAUGCCCUCAAUGUCAUCGAGUGUUUGGCCGUAUCGAGCACCUGAGGCGUCAUACAAAUAGCCAUGGCGAAGCUCGGUCUUUCCGAUGUGCGGCAUGUAACAAAGGCUUCAAUCGGCUGGAUACCCUCCAACGACAUGAAUUGAUACAUCAAAAAGACCCUGGAGUUUCCAAGCUCAAAGGAGCAAGAGCUUGCAAAGAGUGUGCGAGUAGCAAGGUCCGCUGCAACGGGACCAUGCCCUGUGAGAGGUGCAGCUCGAAAAAUGUUGACUGUGUUUAUCCAAGUGCUGCGAGUCCUGCGCAAGCCUUCGAUUCUCCGUCAUCCGCUGUUUCUGACUAUGCCUCAACCCCUGGAGCAUCUGAGAAUGUUUCAUCUUCAGCACUUGAGUCUGCAGCCUUUCCUCGGCAACUUGGCCAGUCAUUGCCAUAUAUCGGCCAUACCAGUUCAUAUCCGGAGCAACAUGCCACCAACGUUGUAGAGUCUUGGAACUAUAAUGCACAUCCUGAAAUGGCACCUCAGACUACCGGGUUUGUUCCAGGACCACUUCCUCCAUACGCCCAAGAUUGGUUGCCACAUGACGCUGGUGCACAACAAAUUGCCCUGUCACCCUUUGAAGGAUCAUAUUCUGGCACAGAAGGCUCCUUCGAUAUACCCUACGGUUCUCCAUUUCCUAGAGAUCGACAUGCAAGUCUGGAUCAGUUGUCUCGCAGACCUCGGCUCGUCCCUAGUCUUAGAUCCAAAACUGCCGUCGUGGAUUCUGAAAGUCCUAUGUCACAAUUCACGUUUGCUAGUCACCGAGAAGAGCCGACUUACAGUCAGACAAACCCUCGAGGAUCAUUCCACAGAUCUUUUACUCCAGCAACCAGCUACUUGAGCCGCAGGCGUCGGUUCAACUUCCCAUUGUCUGGUGAUGUUUUACCGACUUUUCAAGAUGACAGCUAUAUCAACUUCAACAUGUUGUCUGAGCAAACAUACUCUGAUAUCUACAGCUCGUUUACGACUGUCUGCACAGGACUAACGGCUUAUCAACCUCCAUAUGGGUCAAGCUGUUUCCCAUCACGAAAGAUUUUGAACGCCCUGGUCAAGCUAUAUCUUGAUAGAUUCCAUCCUGUGAUGCCUAUCCUCCACCACCCAACGUUGGAUCUUAAUGCAAGUCAUUGGAUCCUUGGCUUGGCUAUUGUGACUAUCGGAAGCCACAUGUCAGAUUUCGAACAGUCUGAAGAAUAUGCUUUAUGCUUUGAUGAAUUUCUGCGUCGAGCUAUCUCAGCAUUGGAUCCUCAUGAAUCAAUCGAUCGCAUCACACUCUGUCAGGCAAAGCUGCUAGCAUGUAUCAACCAAAUAUACAGUGGAGAGGAGAGUCGGCAGGAGUCUGCUUAUAACGAGUUUCUGACGGAUCUGAUAUCGUUCUGUCAGCUCGAGUGGAAGAUGUCAGAGACAGGAUUUAGCACGUUUGCACCCGAGGGUCAGGAAGCUGAAUUCUGGAAGCGAUGGGUUCAGCUCGAGUCUUGCCGGCGUACUGGAUAUGCGAUAUGGAUGCUAGAUACCAUGUGGGCAUAUCAGUUCCAAGUACAACCGAGACUUACAUUAGAGGAUGGAAAAAUGCCUCUUCCAUGUCAAGAAGUGCUUUGGGAGACGAGAGGAGCUUUGCAAUGGCACCACAUCUUUCAAUUUUCGCCCUCGAACCUAACACUUUUGUCAUCCAUGCAAUCAUUACAAACCGAUAAACUCUUGCAGAAUACAAUGGGCGAGUUCAGCCGCAUAGUUCUGCUGCACGGUUUUUAUCGCCAAUGCUGGGAGCUGGAAGGGGCUGAAAUCCAGUCUCAACCACGGCCUCAGCAGAUGUCCAUGUACACAUUCUGGAGAGAUUCCACCAUGGAAUCGCUCGAGCUACUCGAAUGGGGUGCCACCAGUAUGGUCAAGGCAGCUUCUGGCAUGGAACAUCCUACUUUGCUGCACCUCCAUCUAGCACGAAUUGUGCUUUGCUCGCCCUUUCAGAGCAUCUGCGACCUGGCAUACGGAAUGACUAAAGAAGAUAGCAGUAUGAAUUCAGCACAAAUGACAGCUCUACGCAAGGCGAUACGCAAAUGGAUCACCGAGGAUGCAAGCAAAGCUCGACUUGCAACUUUGCAUGCAGGAGCAUUGUUGCGACAUCUACACGCCUUUCACACGAAUAGCUUCUAUGAGCCGUCAGCAGUCUUGCUCGCAACACUUACUCUCUGGACGUUCGGGUCGUUUUCAGUAACAGCAAGGAGUGCUGGUCCAUCCUCACAACGAAGAUACUCGGACACACAGAUACGCCCAAUGAGCAUCGCUAUUGAUCAACCUCUUGACCCUGAGCUGGCACGGACAUUCGUCAGCAAUGGUGGAGAAAUGCAACCAACUCUUCGAGGAGUAGGAAGUAUCUGUGGUGUCGGCGCUCCUGAGCGUGUGCUGUUAGAAGGAUCGAAACUGGUAUCAGAAAUAGGCAGGUGGGGCAGUGGACGAAAAGUUACGCGGAUCUUGAACAAUCUG